UCCGGAGAACCAAAUAAAAGUCCACAUACUCAAAAAGCAGCCGAAUAAUUUGCUUAUUCGCUGUGUGAGUCAGCGUAUUGUUUAUAAGCUGUUGCUUAUUUUAAAAGAAAAUCAGUUUUAGCCCAUAAUCAAGAAAAUGUUUUACUAUCCAAAUGUCCUUCAUCGACACACUGGGUGUUUUUCAACAAUCUGGUUGGCGGCCACCAAAGGCAUCAAGAUGAACCGCAGAGAACUCAUGAAGGUCAACGUGGGGCGAACAUGCCAAGACAUCAUGGACUACGUGCUGGUCCGUGUUCCUCCGCCGACCCCUGACCUUCCCAAGCCCAGGUUCUCGCUCUACCUGUCCUCUCAACUGCAGUACGGAGUGGUAAUCGUCUAUCACAAUCAAUGCCGCUUCCUCUUAGAGGACUCGCAGCAGACCAUGGAGCGUCUAUUCCGACCCACGCCAUGGAACCGCAUCGAUAUCGCAGAGUCUGACAGGCUGACUCUGGAUGUGCCUGACAACCUGUUUCUGAUGGAGGAGGCAGAGGGAGCUCAGGACCCCUUCUUUGGUCUGAUGCGGGCGGACCAGCUGCCCAGUCCCUACAAGAUACAGCAGCCUAAAAUGCUGACUCAGGACACUGCCUCACAGCACUCCCUGCUGGCCAGUCCUCUCAUCGCAUCCAAUGGUUUCAGCUUGCCUGCGGCUGUAAUCACUCUGAGAGAGAAGGAGCAGCUUGGCAUCCACGCUGCUGAGUGUUUUGAAGGAGCUGAGCUGCCCGAGGCUACAGCCAAGGAGCUGGAUAUGCUAAUAGACCAACCGGAUCAGUUUUGUGAAGCAGUAGAGGAGCAGGAGAGGGAGAGGGCAUCAACUGUGGAUACGGAGGGAGCCAGAAUCUCUAUCGACAAGUUGAAAGAGACUGUGCCGCGGGCCGACACAGACAGUGUGUGGAUCCUAGACGAUGAGACGGGCCAGCCCUUCGCCGUUCCCCUGGCGACCCUCUCGAGGGAGAUGACCCCCCCGACGGCUGCUGUGGUGGACAUUCCCCCAGAGGGUUCCUCGGGGAGAGGGAGGGGGUCUGAGAAGGGGACGGAGCCAGUGGCGGAGAGCUCCACCGGUGGAGAGGCGGAUGCUCCCCCUCGCAGGGGGAGACGCGGCUGUGUUGUGGGAGGCCGCAGGCGUCAGCUUGACUUUGCAGACGCAGAGGUCCAGAUCUCUGAGCCGGCCAUGAGAAGACAGCUAGAGAACCUGCUAGCUGAGACCCUAAGCCCGGCCGAGGUGUUGCUGCCGGUCCACUUCUUGGCCAAAUCGGCCCGUCCUGAUCAGCUCUUCAGCACUCCCUCUAGUGUUCUGUACCACCCUGAUCUCCUGUCACUAUGGAAACAAGGCUCCCAUCUCGUCACCCUGCCUCAUUCCGGACACGACGGCAGGUUGGCGGGUGAAGAGGAGGAAGAGGUUUUGGGUUCUGAGCAGGACCGGGAAACACUGAGGAGGAGGAGGGAGAGCAGCUUCAGAGAGAUCCCAAGGCACUCGGCGGAGCCUGGGUUGCAGCUCACAGAUGCCUCAUCUGUGUCAGACGUCCCCCUGGAUGUUUCCAGAGGGGAUAAAUCUCACAGUGACAUCGUCACCCCGGCCAGCAGAUGGUCUCCCCAGGGUGAAGUGCAGGACUUGAUGCAGCCAAUAGCUGAGGAGUACGUGGAGAUGCCUGAGCUGCCCAUAACACACGCACAGAGCGGGGACCUCUCUGCUCCAGACCUGCUCAGACUGGUGUCCUUCCUUCUCCAGAGGAUUGGUCAGGUGACCUUCGACACUCUGCUGCCCCCGGAGGCCAGCCGCAGCCACACAGCUCACACUCUCUCCAAACUCCUAGAGCUGGUGUCAUCCAGGGAGCUAAUGGUACAACAGCGUGGGCCCUAUAGCACCAUCUUGAUUACCCAACCCGAACCGAACACACACACACACAAACAAAAUCCGUAGACACUUAAACAGAUACUUUUAACACCUAAAUACUUUACCUUCUUACCAUAAAGUACAACCCAAAAAAUUAAAAAAGACGGAUUAAUGCAUCGUAAACAAACACACUCUUUACAGUUUGUUCUGAAGACAGUAGUUUUAAUCUUUUAAAUACAAUAGCUGCCUGUGCUAGUGUUACACAACUUUUUUAACUCAUUUUAACCCGUUUUUUAUAUAUUUAUAUAUGUAUUUAUAACAUUAAGUAUGAUCCACAAAACUGUAUUACUGUA